GAAGGAACACACCUUAUCAUAAAGCAUCUCAGGCCAGUUACAUCAGUUGCAGUGUUGAGAAUAGUAUUCCGUAUUAUGGGUACGUUGCUUCCACGAUUGGCCAAUGCACAUGCUCUUUUCAAUAAGACUCUGUCAUUGCUUUUAAAUAUAAUGGUCGAUGUGUUCGGGAAGAACUCACAGCUAUCAACUCCUGUUGAAGCGUCGGAUAUAGCUGAUCUCAUUGACUUCAUCUAUCAUGUUGUCCAUUAUGAAGGGCAAGGAGGACCUGUGCAGGCUAACAGUAAACCAAGGUAUGAAGUUUUGGCACUCUGUGGAAGAGCAUUGGAAAAUUUACGUCCAGAUGUACAGCAUCUACUUUCCCAUCUAAAAACCGAUAUCAAUUCUUCCAUCUAUGCUGCUACUCACCCAAAGCUGGUUCAAAAUCCUUUAUAGCAAAUGGGGUUUACCGAUUUAUACGAACAGAAUGGGGAAUGAAGGUAUGAAUAGGAAUGGUCCAUACAGAUAACAUAUAUGCCAACUGUUUCUCGUGUUUUUCUAUUAAAUAAUGUUUUUAAGUUACAAGUUAAGCAUUAUCGAUCUGUAUUUCUAGCGCAUAACUUGCAAUGUAUUGGUAAAGUUGCCGUCUAGAAGAGGCAUU